UGAUCAGUGUCCUCUGACCUCACUGGCAGGCUGGAAGCAGUGGGGAGGGGGUAGGGCUGCUGCCUUAUUUCCUGGGAGCAGCAAGGGAUGGCUCUGUGCUGUCUUGUCACUGUGAGCAAAGCAGCCUGGAGGAAAUGGUUGCCCGGGGCACAGAGGAGCAUCGUUCCCGCCAGGGCGGAGGGGCUCUGGGCCUCACUCUGGAGGAGCAGCAGCAGCAGAGGUUUUGCAGGGAGACCCCCUGGCAUAACUCAGACUCCAACCUUUGGGUUCCUGUUUGAUAUUGAUGGAGUGCUGGUGCGUGGCCGCCAUGCCAUACCGGCUGCCCGGGAAGCCUUCCAGAAGCUGACAGACUCCAAUGGUCAGCUCCGUGUGCCUGUCGUCUUUGUGACCAAUGCUGGGAAUUGCUUUCGGCAUGCCAAGGCCCAGGAACUGUCCAGUGCCCUGGGAUUGGAGGUAUCUCCAGAGCAGAUCAUCCUGUCCCACAGCCCCCUGCGACUCUUCCGUCAGUUCCAUGAGAAGUGCGUGCUGGUGUCUGGGCAGGGACCAAUUGAGGAGAAUGCCAGGAACCUGGGAUUCCAGAAUGUGAUCACUAUAGAGGCACUGAGGAAAGCAUACCCCUUGCUGGACAUGGUAGAUCAAAGCCGUAGGCCAAAGGAGCUGCCUCCUCCAACUACAGACUUCCCUACCAUAGAAGGGGUGAUUCUGUUUGGGGAGCCAGUCCGAUGGGAGACAAACUUGCAGCUGAUUAUUGAUGUCCUCCUGAGCAAUGGGAACCCUGGGGCAGAACUGAGUGCCGUGCCAUACCCCCACAUACCUGUCCUUGCCUGUAACAUGGACCUCCUGUGGAUGGCAGAAGCCAAGAUGCCAAGGUUUGGCCAUGGCACCUUUCUUUUGUGCCUGGAGAACAUCUACAGGAAAGUGACUGGAAGGGAGCUGAAGUACGAAGCCCUGAUUGGCAAACCCAGCAUUGUCACCUACCACUAUGCUGAGUAUCUGAUCAAGCAGCAGGCAGAGAAGCAGGGGUGGGAGUCUCCCAUCCGCAGGCUAUAUGCUGUUGGGGAUAAUCCUAUGUCGGACAUCUAUGGUGCAAAUCUCUACAACAGCUACCUCAAAGCUGCACACCAGACCCAGGCCCAAGCUGGAGUGCUGGGGAGCGUGGUGGCAGCAGGUCCUCAGAAGGACUUCAACCUUGGAAAUGAUAGCAAUGUCUUGAUGGAGAGCUGCGAGUCUAUUCUGGUCUGCACUGGGGUCUACCGUCAUCACAGAGACAUGCCCCCUGUUUCAAAUGUGUGUGUGAGGGACACAGUGUUCCAUGGGCACCGGGACUUCUGCUUUGAUCCCAGCUUGGUGGAAGCCUCUUAUGUGGUGCAGGAUGUGAAUGAAGCAGUGAAACUUGCUUUUGAGAAGGAGACCUGGAGUUAGGAGUGAAGCAGGUGUGGCAGAAAUCUGAUCAUCACAGUUUAGCACUGAAGCAGAAGGGAAAGGGGAAGAAACUGGAAGCUCUAGCAGAGCUGAAGACAGUUCCCAGGUCCCUGUGGGCUUGAUGUCAAACAUCCCCCUUGUGUUGUCAAUUAUUUUGCAGUCCCAAUAGCUGCUAGCAGGGUUCCAAACCCUUGCAGAGCUAUACUUAAACUGCUGUUGUUGCAGUGGGCUCAACCCUCACGUGGGCAGGGUCCAUCUAGCUGGACCAUCCCAGCCCCUGUGUCUGUGGAACUGUAGUUAUCUGAACCCUCUUCCUUCUCAAACUCUUCUAUGCAUCUAAGGUGAGGACUACACAACCCUCAUCCAUGCCACACAUUUUAUGGUGAAGUGCUUCCUCCCCUGUGCAGAAGACCAUUGGCUAGUGCAUGAGACCUACCCUGCUCAGAGGCUUGAGUGGGUCCUUCAUGGUGCCUGGUACACACUGCCAAUCAGGGCAGAAUUUAGCCAUUUGUUACCACUGUCCUCAAAAUGUGCCUGUGGAUGUUAAGUAGCCUUCUUUGCCCAGAGACUUAACACAUGCAGCCUUUAUCUUGAAAUAGUACAGAGAAUCUCAGUGGCCAUACGCCGAGUCCCUCAUGGAGCUGAAAUGUUGUGUCAUGCCAUCCUCAGCUUCAUUCUGUGGCUCUCCAGCAACAGAAACUGUAGCAGGUCUCCUCAUAGGAAAACCUGUAUAACCACAAUGACUUUGUGCAGCGCCAAGAACGGUGUUAUUCCUCCUUUUAACUUUGUCUGAAAACACCUCUUCAUCUGGCUGCCAGCCCCAAGGGCUGACAGCCUUGCUUUGUAGCAGCAUUAGAAGUAGCCUCAGCUUAUAAACUGUGAAAGACAAGGAGAUUGCAUUUCUGCUGUAAUGUUGGGCUCUGAAGUGGUACUGAGGUUGAACAAAGACACAGGAAUGGAUCUUCUGGCUGUCUGUCAGAGGGUCGAUGCCCUCCGUGCCCAAGCAUCACUGCUUCUAAAAUGGCAUCCAUAGGAACUGGGGUCACUGCCUCUUCUUCCCCUGCUAUGCUGACUGAGAGGGCAGCCGAUUUCUGCUCUUUUCACUUGGAAUGAUGAGGCUGAAGGCAGUGCAAGGGCCAUAAAGCCAGAACACAACCACAUUCAGGAACUGUAGACUGUUCUCAUCUUGGUUUCUGGGUCUUUUAACUAAAGUAGUCUUCCUCCUAAUCUUCCCCCCAUUCCCCUUGUCCAUUUGUUCCUCAGUAAUAACCCUAAAUCCAAUCCUCUUUCUGAAAGACUCUCCAGAACAGUCAGUGCUAUUCUUGGUUUGGCUGUAGCAGCCAAGAGCUCACUGCCUCAGCAGCCUUCCCACGUUUUGCAGAACUGGAGAGCUUCAGUACUUUAGCUCUGGCUGUGAUGAGGGGGAAGGGAGUGACAGAGGCAGGCAUUAAGGCCUCUCUCUCAAAAGUCUCGAGGAAUCUAAUUUAACUGUGAAAAUUCCCCCCAGGUGAAACUUAAACGGGGGGGAAAAAAAAAAAAAAAAAAAGAUAUUGGCUUAGGCAAAGGAUUCCUCUUAGGGCUGCAGUCUCUCUCUGGUAAAACCAUAAGCCAUCCUGGGUCUUCGAACCACCCAAAUGACUCGUUGCUAGAUUUUGUGUCACAACAAUUCAUCGUGUGCUAGUUGGGUUACUCCUAGCUCCCAGCAACAUGUGCCCAGGAGAAGAAGCGGGCCCCAAAGUCAGAUACAGCUUUUGCUGGCCACAAUUUUACUGGGGGGAGGAAGGGGUCCACUUUGCUUUCUGUUCAAAUCCCAGAUAAAGUGUUUGCAGAUUUCCUGCCUGCACUUUCUUUGACUUCAGGGUAUCUGCCUAGGAAGGUUGUAUUGGGAACCAGGCUCUUUCCUCUCACUUGACACACUAAGGCCAAGGAUUGGGUUCUAGGCACUGGAAGGGGAUUGCAUGUUCUGUCAGGUGACAGAGACAGAAGCCUCUUCUUUCUUGGUAAAGCUUUAACACCAAGCCAAACUCCAGGUCCUGCUGUGCAGUCCUGCGAGACCUGCAAUGUGGAGGAGCUUAUCCCUUGCUUUCCCUUGUUCUGGCCCAGGUUUGUUCUUGAAGUCUUAGUGGGACAAGUAUCAUUAGGGCUGCCAAGAUGGUAUGCAGAAAGUUGAGUUUAAUUCAGACUUCCCUGGAUUGCUUAGGGAACUUGUUACCUUGGUUUUCUCCAAGCUAUAGAGACCCAUGUCUUGUUCAUGAAGGAUGAGCUUUGCUGGACUUGGCUCAAGAGAGCAAUAUUCUGUUCCAUGGGUUGGAGCCAAGUCUUGAAUGACUUUCCUUUGCAUGCAGUGUACCAGCCUAGCACUACAGAGGUCUUUCUCGUGCUUCUUCAUUCCUCUGUCUCAACUUGUCCCUCAGCCCCCAUCAAGAUGGUUGACAUUUCUCUGCAGAGAGAUUGCCAACAAAAGUUGCUAAUUUUCACAUGAACAGCAGCCUCUGUUCAAAUCCUAGAUGAGCUCAGGCCACAGAACAGCUGCCUGUUGGUGGCAGCUACUGGUCACUCCUUCCACUGGGCAUUCUGGACCAGAUUUCAAAGGCAGGUAGAAACUAAGUGUGCAGCUGCGUAAUCAUCUAUUAAUCCUCCAAACGCUUUAGUUACAUGUUUGGGGCUCUAUUACUGGCGAUAGCUGGUAAUAUGGUUGUUACUUUGAUGCACACAUUCUUGUCUCUUGCAUUUGGCCCAGUAACUGUGUCAAGCCUGUGGUGCUGUCCACAGAGGAAAGUGUAUGGCUGGAAUAUAUUAGCCAAAGUUCCAGCAUCUGAUUAGAGUACUUUCUUUGUAGUGGCUUUCAUAGAAGGAUAUGGGAGAGUUCAGUAGGUAGGAGACAGCAUCAGUCUGCAUCAUAAUGCCCUCCCUCAGAGUAAGGAAGUAUCUAGGAUCUGUAUUCAGCAGGGAGUAAUCUUGCAGGAAGCGGCCUGGAUGAGCCAGUGGUCCCUUUCCAUUCCUAAGUACAGUGGAGGUGCUGGUGUGUUGCGCUAUGCAAGUCUGCUGCACCUUUGGAAUUGUAAAUCCAUUCCUCCCUUUCCAGUCUACCCGUUUGUCUGGGGAGUAGGGCAGGGAUGGAAGAGACCUUUUAACCCUCAGAUCUGGUAUUCUAGUCAAGUUGGGUUGCACAGCGUGCAUGUCAUAUUAGCCCUGCAUGCCCGUGAAGGAGUUAAAAGGGGAAAAAACAACAACCCCCCCUAAAAAAAACAAGAGAAACAAAAACACAAACCCCAAACAAACCACUAAAUAAAGAAUUUUGUUCUCUUAGCACCCACCCCCACAUGCACCUUUCCCUGAAAGGAUCAUACCACUUCUAAUCAGCCGUAGCCUGUUGGCUGGGUGACUAUGAGUGGCAGGUAGUAAAAGGCCUUGUCACCUGUCAGCGGGCAUAUUUAUGUGUGCAAUUAGCAUGACAAACUCCAGCACAGUUUAUACUGGAGUUUACUGCCCCUGGUCACUGCGUUUGCAUGUAUGCCUGGGAUCACAGCACAUUGAACUAGAUUGGAGCAGCCCUGGUUGGUAGGAUGUCGGGUCAGCCUGAAGCUUCUCCAACCUGAUUUGACAUGCUGUGGAGGGGCUGGCUGAGGCAUGAGGGUGUUCGAAUGCAGGGCUAGCCAGCAGGCAGCCCCUGCACUGAAGCACCCUCAUGCCCCAGCCGGCCCUAUCACUGUCUACACGUGUUGCUGUGCACGAAAUAACACUGCUGAAGGAUAGUACUUAGGUUUACAAGUACUAACCUACGGUAGAGUUAAUUACUUUACUGGAGCCUAAUGGCUACAUGUGCAGAUGCUGAGACUUUACUGCAGAGCCAGUUAGGCAACUCCACUGUAAAUGUCUUGUGUAGAUGUGCCUAGCCUCUGUUAUGAACUCCAGGCCUUUUUUUUUUUUUUUUUUUUUAAGACCUCUCUACUGUAAUAAGCAGCAGUUUGCCAGAAUCUUGUUCUACCAAAAAUAAUGGUCCUCUACCAGCUGGAUGCAAAUGUUGAAGUGAAGUGAAAUCUUUGCACAAUUAGCUGCAAGGCAGGGUGGGGAUUAGCCACUAUCCUCUACUUCUCAUGUAUCCCUUUCCACAGUUUGGAUUCUGGUUUGGAGCAAAUUUCCUUCAUUAUAGGUGGUCUGAUCACUCAGCAGUAGAUGCAAUCUUAAUUAGUGCUCAUAAGUACUGUGCCUCUCAGACAGUAAUGCUGUAAAGGUCUGAUCCUGACAUCUGGACCUUUUGUUGGCUUUGAGAGAUUUUUGGAUCAGCCUCAAAGCAAGUCAAGCAGGCAGAACUAGAAUCUUGUAAGUGAGGCAGAGCUCCCCUUUCACACAGUAAGGGACAGGAGAGCAGACAAUGUGGGGUGGUUGUCCCUGAUGCGGUGUGGGGCACGGGGGAGUGUUCCUCUUCAACUACCACCUCUUCCUAGGCAUAGCGAGUCAAAAAGACUGAUUGUGCAGGGGGACAUAGUUUCAUAGUUGGCAGGGUCGGAAGGGACCCGAGCAGAUCAUCAAGUCCGACCCCCUGCCAUGGCAGGAAAGAGUACUGGGGUCAAACGGCCCCGGCAAGGUUUUCAUCUAACCUCCUC